UUAGAGUCGAAUAAAGCCGAAUUACUCUUGGCCCGUUGUCACCUUUGACGCAGUCCCGCAAUAGUGAAUACACUCAAGGUUAUAGUUAUCGAAACCGGGGUGGCGAUACAAUUUAACGAGUGCAUAACACGCGCGACCGUACCACCGUAUUAGAACAGUCCCAUCACUAACUUCCACACCGUCGUCGCUGGCUCCAUGAAGGCUGACACGUCGGUCAAUGGCCGGGGGAUCGGUUUUUUUCAAGCGGAUCGAUCGAUUUAUUAAUUAAGUACACUGCUCGGAACAGAGUUGGGUUUUCCUAUCAAGGCCACUGCCCACGAACAACGUUCCGGAAAAUAAUUAAUUUAGAUUGGAAACCAACAUUGGUGCAACUUUCUGCCGUGCAAAUGAGUGGAAAUUUGCAAUUGGUCGCGUGUAACAACCUACCCGCCCUCCUAUUGGUCUGGCGUUGCACUUGUCACGGCUGCAUUGUCAGCGCCAGCGUAGCGCGAAAAUCAUUUCUUUCUUUUCAUUUCGCAAAUUUUCGUAUUGUAUACAAAAUCACCCGAUUUAUUUGUCAGACAUUAUCAUUACUUUGGCAUCGAUUAAGAAAAGCAUGAAACUUAAUACAAGACUGAGGAUCUUUAUGCAAAAUUAAAAUAAAAAUUAAAAUUAUCUGUAUUAAUUAUACACGCAUAAAUAAAACCCGUGGAGUCUACUUAUAACUUAUAAAAUCGAAUUUUUCUUUAACGUCGUAGUUCAAAAACACAUUGCUUCUUCAAUCGGUAUUUUUCAUCAGUUCUUCGGAACGCGAAGUUUUUUAUAUCCUCUGACAAAGAUUAAAAAUUUGAAUUCUCAGAAAUGAUGUUUUUAUUUUUAAAUAAAAUCGUAUCUCUGUUAAAGAAAAUCGUACACAAGCAUGAUACUACAAUUUAAAAUUCGAAGCUAACUUGAUUUACCAUAACACAAGAUAACUCGAUUAAUCGAGUUAGUGUUCGUAAUAUUUUGUAGCAAAUUUUACUAAAUAAAUUAACAUUAAUUUUAACUAAUAACUCAACAGUUAUAUCUUAAAGCGACUAAGAACAGCUUAACUUGGGCGUUACUUGAACAUUAUCAGUUUAUUAGUAUAGGCUGAUAAUAAUAACCUUCUACGAGUAAUCGAGGUACGAUAAUAUUUAAAUAAUAAAUAAAUAAAAAUACUGAAACAAUGUUUUUAUCACAACGUUUCAAAAAUGGUCUACUUAUACGAAUGCAAAGUGUAUAUUACAUUUUCUUUAACAAUCAAAAUUCUCGCAUUCGGUCGACGAACAAACCUAUCUGUGAUUUGUUAUUCGAAACUUCAUAUAUAAGCAGUUUACCUACAUUCGAACUUUGAACCGAAUUUCGACACAGCUUGGUCAUCAAUCAGUUUUCCGAUUUUGGUGCUUUCUUGCCAAGAGUCUACUAUUUAACAGCAAUACGCAAAAUAUUUAUCAUUAUUAAGACACUGCGACCAAUCAAGCCUUAUCACGUCCGUCACAAUUGAGUCAGUGACUUGACGAUACUAUUAUUCAUAAUAAUAGGACUAACAAUGUUUCCAUUUAAGGAUUUUGUACGUACCGAAGAUCCAAUCUGCUUCGAAACAGACUCGAAACUCGAAAACGCAGUUCGUAAGAGUGUAUAGUGCGAGGUGAAUACCGAUUGUAUCUGUAUGAAAAUUCAUCAUUAUAUCGUUCCAAUUACGUGAUUUUCCGAGUCCGUCGGACGCCCGUUUCCGUAGAGAUAAUUAUUUCUGAAAAUCGUCAACAAAUGCGGACUCGGAAGAGAUUCGCGUUCGCGCGUGGUAACGGAACUAUUGGGAACUAUGUUUUGACGCACAGCAGCAGUAAAUGCUGAAUUUGUUUCACAACAGAUUCGACGAUUGAUUUAACUGCACGCUUCAAGAAGCACUGUUUUACAACACGGAUUCGUUAUAAAAUAAUGAUAUGGAUAUUGUGAUACCCGAUAAACGUGUUUUCCGUCGUCGAGCGUGGAUAUUGUCGAUCAGCGUGCUCACCUUUCUGAUAAGUUUCAAGACUCAAAACACAUGAGAGUUCGAGUUUGUGGGAUUGCCAAUCCAUGUUCUUGUGGAAAAUUUCGAUAUGGAGAGCAAUACGAAAAACAAAAACGACGAGUCCGAGGGCGCAGGUACUAGCACUGUGGCCAAGAACGAAGAAAGUGCAACAUCACAGUCUACACAAAAUUGCACUGAUACAAAGGUGGCUACAGAUUCCAAGAACACUCAAGUUCGUGUUGUCAGGGGUACUAAAAAGAUGAAGCUAGAUGUUGCUGACACAAAUUCUGAGAAAAAAGAUACCAAGGAUGAGGAACCUAAUGCAGAAGUCAAGGUGAGAUCUUUAAAAAGAUCUUGCGAAUUAUGGUCUAUGGAGGACAAGAACACAUUUUUUAAAGCUUUAAACGAAUAUGGAAAAGACUUUGAUGCACUUCAAAGUUACUUCUUGUGUCAGGGGAAAAAGAAAGGGCUACCAGAUGUUAUGAUAAAAAACAAAGAACAAAUUAGGCACUUUUACUAUAGAACAUGGUUAAAAAUUUCAAAACACUUGAAAUUUGCAGAAGAUGUAAAGAAAACUUCCCAGGAGUUAUAUGGUCUAAUUAAUUAUGGCGAACUUAGAAGAAAAUUGCCUAGGAUACAUGAAAAAGUACAUUUGAAAUUAAAUGAACUAGUUUAUUGGGGCUCAACACAAGUUAGGCUUAGGGGAAAAACUAUGAGAGUAAAGACUCCUAUAUGUAGGGCAUUAAGAAAACUGAACCAGUUAGAGGAUUGGCAAGAAGAAAUUAAAUUGCCACCUCGAAUAACAAUCGAAUUAAGGCCUCGUAAUAAUAUGGCAUGGUGGCAGGUGCAAGCAUCAUCCAUGAACCCAAGAGUAAGAACUUUGUUACCUAUACAGAGACGGUUGUCCAGUUUAUUAAUAUUUUUACAGCAAAGAUGGAGGCCUGCCAAAUACAAUACAUCCUCUAACAUAGGGAACACUAUCACAAAUGAAAUGAAAGAUACCAGAUUGUUGCGAGUGGCACCAACAGAGGGUUGUAAGAUUACUUUACCAAUGGUAAAUCUUGGUGAAUAUCUCACCAGUAACAGUGUUAGCUUAAAUUCUUAUGAAAAACGCCUGGGAUUGAAAAGUUCCAGGAUGGACUUGCUAGGUUCAGUGCAAUAUUUGAAAGGUGUUGGAAAGAAGGGAAUCAAGAAGAACAAAAUGGAUAAAAAAUCUGUCAAUCAAUCUGAAGACAAUUGCAUGCUGCCAGAUAACAAUAGUGAUAUGGAUGCAAUAGAAUCCGGUAGCAACGUUUCAGAGAAAACCUCGCUAAUUAAUGUUGCAGAAAAGUCGACUGUAGAACAACAAACUGAGCCAAAUAGAUUCCCAGGAAGGGAAACAAUUGAAAGGAUUCGAAAGGGAUGGAAUGUUGAAGAGGCAAACACUAUCACAGUAGGAGACCUCUUUCUAAUGUUUGGUCGUGAGUCAAAAAUUACUUUGGAAUAUUGGUGGGAUUGGCAUCAGCGAGAACACACUGGAGAGCCUACAGCUUGUGCUCUGCAAGAUGAAAAUUUGUGUCUGACUUUGCAAAAGUUAUUGUCAAUAGCAAAGCAUAGU